AUGCGCAAAUAAUGGAAGAGAACGAUUCCGAGUUGGUGUUGCGGGUUAAAGUAUUAGACGCCGAGAAGGAUGGUUUUGUAUAUAAGUACAAGAUACGCACAGUGACCAACAUGGACAAGUUCUCCGAGCCCGAGAUGACUACAUGCAGAGCGUUUGAAGACUUAGAGUGGCUGCACUGGUGCAUAGAAAAUCAACCAAACACAGACGGCAUUAUCUAUGGUUUGUCAAAGGUGCCGCCUCUUCCCAGACGUGCUGGCGGUCCGGUUCUGAGUACUAGAUUAGGAUCCAAGUUGUCACAAGCGAGAGGAGAGGAAAGCAAACCUAUUAGUGUCGAUCGCAUUGAAAAAUGCUGUAAAGCAGUGGAAAGGUACUUGCAACUGCUUGCCAGACAUCACGUAUUCAGUCAAAACGAAAGUCUACAUCAAUUUCUUGACACCAAAGAACUUCCUCCCAUGUUGAUGGGAAAGAAAAAUUGGAUACACAGUUUGUCACAUGUAGUAGCAGAAGUUCGACUUCAUGGGCGGGAGGACGUCGACAAAUAUUUUGGUGCCCAACGGAGUUUCAUUACAGCGAGUUCGGUGCGUUUGAAGGAGGCAAGCUUUAUGUUUGCAACAAUGGUGGAGUCACAAUGGGCUGUCUGUACAGCUCUUGGUAACCUGACUAGUCGUGUGUCUCUAACUGGCAGUAGUUUGUCGUCUGGAGAUCCGUGUCUGUAUAGAGUGCUGCUCAAGUUUGGUGAAGGUCUUGAUAUUUGUAAGAGUGCUGUGGAGGCGGUUGCAAAGUCCGAUGAUUUGAGUGUUGGGUUCCUGUUGAAUCUGUAUGAGAAAUACACACUAAGAGCAAAGGCAAUGCUUCAUCAUCGAUCUGUUCUUAUGCAAAAGAUGAAGACGACUGAAAGAAAUGCGGAAAAGGCUCGUCCAAAGAACAAGGAAGCUGCUGACCAAGCAAAAGAAGAAGCUCUAACACAUUUCACUGAAAUGUCUACAGUGGCAAAGCAAGAGUUGACUCGAUUUCACGAAGAACGAGUUCGUUCUUUCAAGGAGACUUUAAUAGAACUCGCUGAAUCUCAGAUCUCAAGCGGUCGAGAAUCUUAUGCUCAACUCGCCAAAAUACUGACUGAACUGACUAAAAUGGAUGUGAGCAGCUAGCGUAUGUAGCAUAUGCGAUCAAUUGGAUCGUUUUGUAUUGAGCAGUUGUUGUAUUCAAUGAUCAAUUGAAAUAAAUGAAGAUUGUGUAAUGCAACAA